AGCUUGUUGCGUCUGUCCCUGACAAAGCACGACUAGGAGCUCCUAAAUCUCUUUCAUCUCAGUAUCCUUUUCAUAUUCAACUAAAUGUACAUGCUUAAUAUUUAUAAAUUGUCGACUUGGUUAAAAUCAGUUAUCUCAGUCUUUUUGUCGUAGGAAUUUCAUCAACUCCUAAAUAUCUUUCAUCUCAGUAUCCUUUUAUACUAUACUAAAUAUGCAUGGUUAAUAUUUAUGAAGGAUUGUUCACUUGGUUAGAAUCUGCUUCUUUCAGUCUCUGUGUCAUGGAAACAUAUCUGCUGAGUAUUUCCUUGUAUCCAGAUCUUAAGUUGGGCAACUAUGGUCUUUGUUUAUUCUUGACUAAGGUUCUUAGUUUGUUUUUCCAGAGCAUCACUAUUCAGCUUCUGGAUGGAGCAGAAGAAAAAAGCUGGGAGUUAUAUGAUAAAGAAGUUUUAUUUCAUGGCACUGAUGUGGAUGAUACCUUCCAGUUUGUUGCAGAAAUGUUUGCUCGCAUUUGUCGACGUGGAUCGACCGAAUUGCUAGUAAAUGAGGUGAUCCUCCGAAUCCGCAGACGUGUACAAAGAUUUUUAUUGUCCCAUAAAGGUACAAUCACCGAGAACAGUAUCAAGUCAAACUCCGAUUUUCAGUUCUGGUUCUUGAUGAUAGAAAUCCUUAGAGAUGCUUAUGUUGUGGAGAAAAUGAUUGAGAGAAUCCUGCAUCAGCUGGCAGCUGAAUGUGAACAUGACACCGAAGCAUAUUGGAUACUAUGGAUAUUGUUCCAUCGGGCAUUCCAACAUCAAAUAACAAUCAGGUCUAUACUCCGAGGACUGCGCCUUAUGCUAGUGAGGAAAUUGAUGUGGUUCGUGAGCAAUGGGCGAAGUUUUUUACCACCAAGUAUUUAUUAUUGACCUGAGGGCGCUUGAUCGUGUUGGUUUAGAUGUUAUAGAACAAUCUUUUAUGUUAAAAUGUAUGCGUACGUUGAAAUUGGAACGUAAAUAUAUUUAAAUGUAUCGGUAUGUGCACUUUUGGUUUUGGGAUAUAUACAAAACUCCAGUUGUUGUUUUUAUAUUUGUUAUACAGGUUGCGUUAUUCUAUUAUUGUUUUGACAGGUUUCUAUA